UCCUGGGAAAUUUCCCAGGAAAUUCCGAGGAACCCAUAAUUCCGAGGGAAUUCCGACGGAAUUCCUGAAUCCCUCGGAAUUCCGUCGGAAUUCUGGUAAACCGGUUCGUAAACCGAAAAUUCCGACAGAAUUCCGAGGGUUUCAUUUUCCGUCGGAAUUUUCGGGGUAAAACCAGAUCUGCGGAUCUUCUUCCCCAUUUCUCUCUUUUCUCUCUUUUCCCUUGGCGAUUUCCGGCUCCUCCUCCUCUCCCUUGGCGAUUUCCGGCUCCUCCUCCUCUCCCUCUUGAUAUUCGGGCUCCCCCUCCACCCCCACUCCCCUAAUCUCUCCCUCCUCCAUGGAUUCUAGUGACCAGAGUGCGAGGGCUCGAUCUCGUCGGGCCCCACCGCGAGGCCGCGCUACUUCGACGACCCCUUCGGAUUCUCGGGUUUCGUCUAGCCGGUCUCGGGGUUCGUCAUCCUCAUCGCAGAGCCCCCGUCCCGCUAUGGUUCAGCAUGCGGCUCCUUCUCCCGCUGCGGCCCCUCAUCUUCCUCACGACUUCCCAGACAUUCCCGAGCCUCAUGUCGCUCCAGGAGUGAUGACUGUUGCACAGCUGGUGCAACAGCCAGGUCGUGACCAUCUCCCUUAUCUCACUCUGUAUCCUAGGGAACCCGGUCAGACUUGGUUCGACCGAUCCCAUAACGGGAUCAGCGCUUGGAUCAACAGGAUGAUGUAUUCCGACCUCAAGAAGGGAUACGCAACCUUCACAGUGAUGCCGAGGGAUGAGCAGGAGCUCUGGUUUCGUCAGUUUGCUCAAGAGUUCAACUGGCAUCCGGAUAACACGACGUUCAUCCGCAACGCCUUCAUCCACAAAUGUAUGGAUUCAUAUUCCGGGCAAAUAUAUGAAUGGAAGCAGAAGUGGCUAGCGGAUAAGGUCCCAAAGUGGAUCAACAUGACCACUUGGGAGGAGUUGUGUGUCCAUUGGGACAAGGACUCGACGAAGCAGGUCUCUAACACCAACUCCGCCAACCGCAAGAGCGAUCGUGGCGGGAAGGGCAUGUACAAGCACAAUUUGGGUGCUCAGUCUAUUCCCACUCUCGCAGACAAGAUGGCGCAAGAAAAUGAAGGUGAGCCCGUGGGUGAUUUCCCUUUGUACAAGAGGAUCCACACCAACAAGACCACGGGCCAGAUUGAUGACGGUCUUGCGCAGGAGGUUGUCUCCCUGGUGGACAGUAUGACACAAGACGAGGAGGCCCGUCUCUCCCAGAUCCAGGCCGAUCUCGAUCUUGACGCCACAUCUACUGAGUCCACUGCCCUCUCUCAAGUCCGAAUCAACGAGCUUCUUGAAUCGGCGAUUCCAAAGAAGAAGGGACGUUUGGUCGGUUUGGGUCGUCGAUCCAAAUCGGUUCCUCCUACGUCUCAGGUGCCAGUUGAUCCUACUCUGAUGGAUCAACUGAAGGAUAAGGAUGAACGCAUCCGUCAGUUGGAGGAGAAGAUGGCGGCUCAAGAGAGAGCUAGAGAGGCAGACAGGAGGCGGAGUGAGAAGAUGAUGGCGGCCUUCAUGAGGCAAUUCCCGGACCAGAACUUCGACGUCGACGAGGACGAGUAGUUCUAACUUUAAUUUAUGUUUUAAACUUUAUUUUUAUUUUCUGUUUUGUAUGAAUAUUACUUUUGAACUAUUUAUAUUAUGUUUUUUAUUUUAAUUUUCAAUUUAAUAAUUAAUUUUCGAAUUUAAUAA